AUGGUUUUGGACGGACAAAGAACCAGCCGCCAGUCGUUGUCCUCAUCACUAGCAAUUCGUUUGCCGUCGAGAAAGAGAGAUAGGAUCGCGCGGCCAGCCGACACCUCAUCGUUCUGCGAGGAGAUUGCGCACUAUCCUGUCUUCAACCCACGAGACCCACGACACAAUCCUGCUGCUUCGAGCUCGUGGCUUCAAAGCGAUUACUAUCAGUCGGAGGCCUCCAAAUCCCAGAGCUCGAUUCGUUGGAUGCAAGAAUUGCCAAGGAGAUCUUUACGCAAAGCGAAAUCAGGACUCUUGGCUCUGCGCUCUGGAAUCCAACGACGACCACUUCCUGACAGUAUGCAACAUAUUGGUGACAUACCCAACAUCUGGUCCUCAACUGAUUCGACCGGAGACUCGUCUGACCAGUUCCCAUCCUCAGUGUCAGACGCUAGCACUGAAGACGAUGGCGAAUUUGGCACUGGCUUGUAUCGAGCGGUUCGUAACCAUUCCUCGCCUCUCUAUGCAAACAUGGAAAGCGACGGCCUCAAUGUUCCGUCUGCCACCGGCUUGCUAUGCGGUUCCUUAAGCGAGAGUGUGAGCCAAGGUAGCUCGCCAACGCUGAGACAAGAACCGGCGAUCAGUGAUUCUAUCGGCAUCAAAGCCAACGAGAUUGCUUUGGAUCCGGGGAUGAGGGGUCUUCUGCGACAGGGGCCAAGACUUGAUAAUCGCAAGACCAAUGAGCUGUUGGCACAGGUUCAACAAUCGAGCCAUUUCCCGUCCACCUCGUUACCUAGUAGUAUCGUUGGGCUAAGUGUGACACAGGCAAUUGAAAAAGCAUCUUCACAGAGCUCGCCGAACUUGCAGCUCACUGCUAGUCACGUCGAGAAAACAUGUGCGCAGUUCCAGACUCAAAGCUCUGGUCUCUCCAGCCUGGAAACCUCGAAGCCCAAUGCAGCUAAGGAAGCCGCAGAACUGCUCGAUUCCAGCAGAGGAGCGCCUGAUGAGCUAUCUCGAGGUCAUGAAAUCGACUCACUCGAUGAAAACACCCGACUAAGUGACACCUCUCCGCAGAUCGAAGAGUCAAGCUGUUCUUUGAGGAAGUCACCGAUUGUGAGCCCUCGUCAGUCAAGUGUGCCCCAGAUAACAGGCAUCCAACUGGUCAUGGAGCCUCUCCAAUUAUUUCCUCGAAGAGAUUCCAGCAGCGGCGGUCAAACCUUAUGUUGCAGCGAGAUUACCAACAAUCAUCCUCACCAAGAGACAAGCAUCGGCGAUUUUAUUGGCUGUGUUGCGAGCGAGGAUAUGGGAGAGUCUGCACACAUGGAGAAUAGUCCCUUGGAUGCAGACGAAGGACAGGUUUCUCAAAUGGAUGCACGAGCCAUUGUUAGUGUCGCUUCCAGAUUGGCCAGGUCAUUGUUAACCGAUCCAUAG